AUGACUGCCUCGGCGAGCUGGACUACGAAGGAACAACUUCCGCCAUCGUCAUGGUCGGCAGUGUACCUCGCCUUUUUGUUCGGGUACCCAGGCCGUCGAGUCAUGGCAGUUCCCGUGCAGCGAAGAGCGCUUCUGCGCCUAGUACGGAUGAGUCUGAAUAUCAGGGAGAGUCCACGCCAGCAAGAGCGGAUCGAGGUCCCUCGACGCGCGACAAUCGCACAUCUCGGCCACUCGCACGGCGAGGACCCCACAAAGCCCACGACAAAGUUCACGGUCCUUCUCAUGGAAGCCGGCAUUCUCUUCAACAGUAUCCUGAUCGGUCUGACUUUAGUCGUUACUGAGGAAUCGUUGUGCAAAACUAUCCUGGUGGUGAUUGUCUUCCACCAAUUCUUUGAAGGUCUCGUCUUGGUGCUCGGAUUACGACGCUUCCUGGGGCUAUCUUUCCAUCCAAGGCACUGA